AAGACGCCUCUGCUCCAGCUGUGGCUGUUUCUCCGCACUCGUUCUCAAUAGCCAGCCUCAGUGCUUACCUAACACUUGCAUCUCAACUUCUGAUUUCUGGAGCAGAGCAAGGAACAGCGUCGAAUCUUCUUUUCCGCCCGCUACUCAAGCAGAAGCGGGCGGCUGGGCCGGGACAGUGAACAAAGGCGGCGCGGAACGCGGGGCGCGCGGCCCGGAGUGGCGCGCGUCUCUCCGGCAGGAGGCAGAACCGCGGCGCCGCGCCCGCGCCUGCAUUCCUCCGAAGCACCCUGAGCCCGAGGGUCGACGUCACCCCGGGCUCCGCCUCCGUCCCUCCCCGAGCAAAGUAACUCUUGACUAACAGGAGCAGCUUCCUCCGAGCAUGGAGAGCCAUCGCCACGACCAACCGGCGACGCGGGAGACGCUUGUGCCCCAGAGGUAGUUUGGUGACCACGAAGAAGGAAAAAGUGCAGGCUGGCGACUGUUGAGUCCUCUGCAGGCGAGGCCAAGUCGGCACCUGGGUCGUGGAUUUUGCGGUGAUCCCCGGGCAGCUCUUUGCAAAGCUGAUUAAAACUUCUCCCAAAGUCGACAUGGAUACCGCGGCGGCGUUGACUGCUUUUGUGGCGCUCUGGCUCCUCUCCCCUUGGCCUUUCCUGGGGUCAGCCCGGGGCCAGUUCUCCGCAGGUGGCUGUACUUUUGAUGAUGGUCCAGUGGCUUGUGAUUACCACCAGGAUCCGUAUGAUGACUUUGAUUGGGUCCAUGUUAGUGCUCAAGAGCCUCAUUAUCUGCCACCUGAAAUGCCUCAAGGAUCCUAUAUGAUAGUGGAUUCUUCAAUUCAUGAUACUGGAGAAAAGACCAGACUUCAGCUGCCUACAAUGAAGGAGAAUGACACUCACUGUAUUGAUUUUAGUUACCUGCUAUAUAGCCAGAAGGGCUUAAGUCCUGGCACUUUGAACAUAUUAGUUAGGGUAAAUAAAGGACCUCUUGCCAAUCCAAUUUGGAAUGUGACUGGAUCUACUGGUAGAGACUGGCUUCGAGCUGAACUAGCUGUGAGCACCUUUUGGCCCAAUGAGUAUCAGGUUAUAUUUGAAGCUGAAGUCUCCGAAGGAAGAAGUGGCUAUAUUGCCAUUGAUGACAUCCAAGUACUGAGUUAUCCAUGUGAUAAAUCUCCUCAUUUCCUUCGUCUGGGGGACGUAGAGGUCAAUGCAGGGCAAAAUGCUACAUUUCAGUGUAUAGCUACAGGGAGAGACGCUGUACAUAACAAGUUAUGGCUGCAGAGACGAAACGGAGAAGAUAUACCAGUAGCUCAGACUAAAAACAUCAAUCACAGAAGAUUUGCUGCUUCCUUCAGAUUGCAAGAAGUGACAAAAGCUGACCAGGAUUUGUAUCGCUGUGUAACUCAGUCAGAACGAGGUUCUGGUGUAUCCAAUUUUGCUCAACUUAUUGUUAGAGAACCCCCAAGACCCAUUGCUCCUCCUCAACUGCUUGGUGUUGGACCAACUUAUUUACUGAUUCAGCUGAAUGCCAACUCCAUCAUUGGUGAUGGUCCCAUUAUUCUAAAAGAAGUGGAAUAUCGAAUGACAUCAGGAUCCUGGACAGAAACCCAUGCAGUCACUGCUCCCACUUACAAAUUAUGGCAUUUGGAUCCAGAUACUGAAUAUGAGAUCCGUGUUCUACUUACCAGACCUGGUGAAGGUGGGACUGGACUCCCUGGACCUCCAUUAAUCACCAGAACCAAAUGUGCAGAACCGAUGCGGACCCCCAAGACUUUAAAGAUUGCUGAGAUACAGGCAAGACACAUUGCUGUGGAUUGGGAAUCCUUAGGUUACAACAUUACUCGUUGCCACACAUUUAAUGUCACUAUCUGCUACCAUUACUUCCGGGGUCACAAUGAAAGCAAGGCUGACUGUUUGGACAUGGACCCCAAAGCUCCUCAGCAUGUUGUGAACCAUCUGCCACCUUAUACUAAUGUCAGUCUCAAGAUGAUCCUAACCAAUCCAGAAGGGAGGAAGGAGAGUGAAGAGACAAUUAUUCAAACUGAUGAAGAUGUGCCAGGUCCUGUACCAUUCAAUUCUCUUCAAGGAACAUCCUUUGAAAAUAAGAUCUUUUUGAACUGGAAAGAACCUUUGGAUCCAAAUGGAAUCAUCACUCAAUAUGAGGUCAGCUACAGCAGCAUAAGGUCAUUUGAUCCAGCAGUUCCAGUGGCUGGGCCUCCCCAAACUGUAUCAAAUUUAUGGAACAGCACACACCACGUCUUUAUGCAUCUCCACCCUGGAACUACCUACCAGUUUUUCAUAAGAGCCAGCACAGUCAAAGGAUUUGGGCCAGCUACAUCUAUCAAUGUUACCACCAAUAUCUCUGCUCCAACUUUACCUGACUAUGAAGGAAUUGAUGCCUCUCUCAAUGAAACUGCAACUACGAUAACUGUAUUGCUGAGACCAGCACAGGCCAAAGGUGCACCUAUCAGUGCCUAUCAGAUUGUUGUGGAGGAGUUGCACCCACAUCGAACCAAGCGAGAAGCAGGAUCAAUGGAAUGCUACCAGAUCCCUGUUACCUAUCAAAACGCCCUGAGUGGAGGUGCUACAUACUACUUUGCUGCUGAACUUCCCCCAGGGAAUCUUCCUGAGCCUGCUCCCUUCACAGUGGGAGACAAUAGAACCUAUCAGGGCUUUUGGAACCCUCCUUUGGCUCCACGCAAAGGAUACAACAUCUAUUUCCAAGCAAUGAGCAGUGUGGAGAAGGAAACUAAAACCCAGUGUGUGCGGAUUGCUACAAAAGCAGCAGCAACAGAAGAACCAGAAGUGAUUCCAGAUCCAGCCAAGCAGACAGACAGAGUGGUGAAAAUAGCAGGGAUUAGUGCUGGAAUUUUGGUGUUCAUCCUCCUUCUACUAGUUGUCAUAUUAAUUGUGAAAAAGAGCAAACUUGCUAAAAAACGCAAAGAUGCUAUGGGGAAUACCAGGCAGGAGAUGACUCACAUGGUGAAUGCAAUGGAUCGAAGUUAUGCCGACCAGAGCACAAUGCAUGCGGAAGAUCCUCUUUCCAUCACCUUCAUGGACCAACAUAAUUUUAGUCCAAGAUUGCCCAAUGAUCCACUUGUGCCGACUGCUGUGUUAGAUGAGAACCACAGCACCACUGCAGAGUCCAGUCGUCUUCUGGAUGUGCCUCGCUACCUCUGUGAGGGGACAGAAUCCCCUUACCAGACAGGACAGUUGCACCCAGCCAUCAGGGUAGCUGACUUGUUGCAGCACAUUAAUCUUAUGAAGACAUCAGACAGCUAUGGGUUCAAGGAGGAAUAUGAGAGCUUCUUUGAAGGGCAGUCAGCAUCUUGGGAUGUAGCUAAAAAGGAUCAAAAUAGAGCAAAAAACCGAUAUGGAAACAUUAUAGCAUAUGAUCAUUCCAGAGUAAUUCUGCAGCCUGUUGAGGAUGAUCCUUCUUCAGAUUACAUUAAUGCUAACUACAUAGAUAUUUGGCUGUACAGGGAUGGCUACCAGAGACCAAGCCACUACAUUGCAACUCAAGGUCCAGUUCAUGAAACAGUAUAUGAUUUCUGGAGAAUGAUCUGGCAAGAACAGUCUGUCUGCAUUGUGAUGGUUACAAAUUUAGUUGAAGUUGGCCGGGUUAAAUGCUAUAAAUACUGGCCCGAUGAUACUGAAGUUUAUGGUGACUUUAAAGUCUCUUGUGUAGAAAUGGAACCCCUUGCUGAAUAUGUAGUUAGGACAUUUACCCUGGAAAGAAGGGGCUACAAUGAGAUUCGUGAAGUUAAACAAUUCCAUUUCACUGGCUGGCCUGACCAUGGAGUACCAUACCAUGCUACUGGGCUUCUUUCUUUUAUCCGAAGAGUCAAGUUCUCCAACCCUCCCAGUGCUGGCCCCAUUGUUGUGCAUUGCAGUGCUGGUGCAGGACGAACUGGCUGUUACAUUGUAAUUGACAUCAUGCUUGACAUGGCUGAAAGAGAGGGUGUUGUUGAUAUCUACAACUGUGUCAAAGCAUUAAGAUCUCGUCGUAUCAAUAUGGUUCAGACAGAGGAACAAUACAUUUUUAUUCAUGAUGCCAUUUUAGAAGCUUGUUUAUGUGGAGAAACUGCCAUACCUGUGUGUGAAUUUAAAGCCGCAUAUUUUGAUAUGAUUAGAAUAGAUUCCCAGACUAAUUCGUCACAUCUCAAAGAUGAAUUCCAGACCUUGAAUUCAGUCACCCCUCGACUACAAGCUGAAGACUGCAGUAUAGCAUGCCUGCCAAGAAAUCAUGACAAGAACCGUUUCAUGGACAUGCUGCCACCUGACAGAUGUCUGCCUUUUUUAAUUACAAUUGAUGGAGAAAGCAGUAACUACAUCAAUGCUGCUCUUAUGGAUAGCUACAGACAGCCAGCUGCUUUCAUUGUCACACAAUACCCUCUGCCAAACACUGUGAAAGAUUUCUGGAGAUUAGUGUAUGAUUAUGGCUGUACCUCCAUUGUGAUGCUAAAUGAAGUCGACUUGUCCCAGGGUUGCCCUCAGUACUGGCCAGAGGAAGGAAUGCUACGUUAUGGCCCUAUCCAAGUAGAAUGUAUGUCUUGUUCAAUGGAUUGUGAUGUGAUCAACCGGAUUUUUAGGAUAUGCAAUCUAACAAGACCACAGGAAGGUUAUCUGAUGGUGCAGCAGUUUCAAUACCUGGGCUGGGCUUCUCACCGAGAAGUGCCUGGCUCCAAACGUUCAUUUUUAAAGCUGAUCCUGCAGGUGGAAAAAUGGCAGGAGGAGUGUGAGGAAGGGGAAGGUCGAACAAUCAUCCACUGCCUAAAUGGCGGUGGGCGUAGCGGCAUGUUCUGUGCUAUAGGUAUUGUUGUUGAAAUGGUGAAACGGCAAAAUGUCGUGGAUGUAUUCCACGCAGUGAAGACACUAAGGAACAGCAAACCCAACAUGGUGGAAGCACCGGAGCAGUACCGUUUCUGCUAUGACGUAGCUUUGGAGUACCUGGAGUCUUCUUAGCUGGAUGAGAUUUUAAAGAUGCACCCACAUAGAAACCUACUCACUGGUUGAGCCAGCAGCUGUUGUAUGUGUUACACGUGUGCAGAAACGUUUUAUUUAAGGCUGAGAGACUUUUACAUUUGAGAAGUAAAAGUAUUUUUCUUAUCAAGUUGUGUAUCCUUAUAAAAUGGACUCAGUUUCUAUUAAUGUAUGAAAGCAUCAGCAUUUCGUGUCACCUAAAAUUAUAUUUAAUAAGAAUCAGAUUUAAAUGAAAACUUGUCAGUGUUUGUACAGUGAAUAUGCAGCCUUUUCUUUCCUGGCUUUGGUGAAACAGCCACAAUAUGUUGCAUGAAUUAGUAUGUUGUGUACGGCAUUUUCCUAGCUUUUUUUUGAUAGAAGAGGGUAAAAAUUUCAAGGAGGGAGAAAGAAAAGCUGUGCAAAUUCAUAUUAAAGGUCAUUUUAAAAAAAAUAUGUUUCAAGUGUAGAAGAUCUCUAUAUAAAUAUAUAAAUAGAUAACUGGCUUAUUUUCUUUUAAUGUGCAAUGAUGGCUGGAUCAUUUAAAGUUCUCUUUUGAAAAAAACAAACAUAAGCCAAAGAUUCAAAUGUAAAUAUGUCUAUAUGGAGAAAGCACAUUAUAUUUAUUGGUUACUUACAUUCCUUUUUCAGUGGCUUAAAAUACUACCACCACACAAUCAUUUUUUUCCUGAAGAAAAUUUUUCUUUCACUAAAAUUAGUUGCAAACGAUAUUUGUAGGUUAUUUUUUGUAUGUUUUAGUGUAAGUAGAGGAUGAACUUUUUAAUUCAUAAACCAGGAAACAAUGUUCUUUAUAGUGAUUCUCUUGUGUAUAUGCUUGUGAAUUAAAUUGAUGUAAGACACCUUGA